GCUCCAAUGGAGAAGGAAGGAAUAGAGGGGCCCAGGUACUGAUCUGCAUCGGGGACUCAGACCAACACACUGGCAGAUCAGAAACCGGAUGGUUUUUUCCCUCUUUUUUAAAAAAACGAAAACAACAACAACAAAAAAGCAAGAAUCAAGAUGCCUUGAGACACACGCAGCAUCUGGCGGAGGAUUAACAUACAUACAUGUGUAUGUAUGCGUCACGUAUAUAUUUACUGCAAAUGGUGGGGAUCAUUUAGUGCCCGAGAUGGGAGACCUGAAGUCAGGUUUUGAAGAGGUGGAUGGCGUGAGGCUCGGCUACCUCAUCAUUAAAGGGAAGCAAAUGUUUGCCCUCUCCCAAGUCUUCACAGAUCUGCUGAAAAACAUCCCGAGGACGACCGUGCACAAGCGCAUGGAUCAUCUGAAAGUGAAGAAGCACCACUGCGAUCUGGAGGAGUUGCGGAAACUCAAGGCAAUCAACAGCAUCGCCUUCCACGCCGCCAAAUGCACGCUCAUCUCCCGGGAAGACGUGGAAGCGCUCUACACCUCCUGCAAAACCGAGCGCGUCCUCAAGACCAAGCGCAGGCGGGUCGGCCGGGCCCUGGCCACAAAGGCGCCGCCGCCAGAGCGCGCCGCUGCCGCCAGCCCCCGCCCGGGAUUUUGGAAGGACAAGCACCAACUUUGGCGGGGCCUGAGCGGAGCCGCGCGGCCCCUGCCAAUCAGCGCGCAGUCCCAGCGCCCGGGCGCCGCCGCCGCGCGCCCCGCCGCCCAUCUACCUCAGAUUUUUAGCAAAUACCCCGGCUCGCACUACCCGGAGAUCGUGCGCUCGCCGUGCAAACCCCCUCUAAACUAUGAAACUGCCCCGCUCCAGGGAAACUACGUCGCCUUCCCCUCGGACCCUGCUUAUUUUCGGAGCCUGCUGUGCAGCAAACACCCGGCAGCCGCCGCCGCCGCCGCCGCCGCUGCCGCCGCCGCCGCCGCCGCCGCCGCCGCUGCCUAUUACCAGGCAUCGGCGGCCGGGCCCCAGCCCAAGGCAGCGGCGGGCGCCGGAGGCCCGGGGAGCCUGAGCUACCGCUGCAAGCGCAAGCGCGGCGGCGCCAAGGACUGCCUGCUCGCGCCUCACGCCGGCGCGCGGCGCCUGCUGCUGUUGCCCAGGUCCUACAAAGCCAAGGCGGCGGCGGCGGCGGCGGCGGCGGCAGCGGCGGCGGCGGCCGCCGCCGGGGCCACUUGCCUGGAGAGGUUUCAUCUGGUCAACGGCUUCUGCCCGCCUCCGCACCACCACCACCACCACCACCACCAUCACCACCACCACCACCACCACCGGGCCCAGCCGCCGCAGCAGAGUCACCACCCCCCUCACCACCACCGGCCGCAGCCCCAUCUGGGCAGCUUUCCCGAGAGCUGCAGCAGCGACUCCGAGUCCAGCUCCUACUCGGACCACGCGGCCAACGACUCGGAUUUUGGCUCCAGUUUGUCCAGCUCCAGCAAUUCUGUGUCCUCAGAGGAAGAGGAGGAGGAGGGAGAGGAGGAGGAGGAGGAAGAGGAGGAGGAGGAGGAGGGGGGCAGCGGGGCCUCGGAUUCCAGUGAAGUCAGCUCGGAGGAGGAGGACUCGUCCACCGAGUCGGACUCCAGCUCCGGCUCCAGCCAAGUGUCAGUGCAGAGCAUCCGAUUCAGGCGCACCAGCUUCUGCAAGCCUCCCAGCGUGCAGGCGCAGGCCAACUUCUUGUACCAUCUGGCCUCCGCCGCCGCUGCAACCAAACCCGCUGCUUUCGAGGAUGCCGGCAGACUUCCCGACCUCAAGAGUAGUGUCAAAGCGGAGUCGCCGGAGGAGUGGAAUCUGCAGAGCUGGGCCCCCAAAGCAUCUCCGGUGUACUGCCCGGCCAGCCUGGGGAGUUGUUUCGCUGAGAUAAGGAACGAUAGGGUAUCUGAGAUUACAUUCCCACACUCUGAAAUUUCCAAUGCUGUAAAGAGAACUGACCUGACAAUUAACUGCCUGGCAGAGGGGGCCUCUUCACCUAGCCCAAAGACAAACAAUGCAUUUCCACAACAAAGAAUACUCCGAGAGGCUAGGAAAUGCCUACAAACAACUCCUACUACACACUGUGCAGAUAACAACACAAUAGCUGCUAGGUUCUUAAAUAAUGAUUCUUCAGGAGCAGAAGCAAACUCAGAAAAAUAUUCCAAAAUCCUUCAUUGUCCUGAAUUUGCUACGGAUUUGCCCUCUUCGCAGACUGAUCCUGAAGUGAACGCUGCAGGAGCAGCAGCAACUAAAGCCGAGAAUCCCUGCACUGACACAGGCGACAAGACAUUGCCAUUUCUGCACAAUAUUAAAAUCAAAGUAGAAGACAGUAGUGCUAAUGAAGAAUAUGAACCUCACCUUUUUACAAAUAAGCUAAAGUGCGAGUGCAAUGAUACAAAGGGUGAGUUUUACAGUGUGACUGAGAGUAAAGAGGAGGACGCCUUGUUAACCACAGCUAAGGAAGGUUUUGCAUGCCCUGAAAAAGAAACUCCUUCCUUAAAUCCACUGGCUCAAAGUCAGGGCCUUUCAUGCACUUUAGGUUCUCCAAAACCUGAGGAUGGGGAAUAUAAAUUUGGUGCCAGGGUGAGAAAAAAUUACCGGACACUAGUACUGGGAAAGCGACCUGUCCUUCAGACACCUCCAGUCAAACCAAAUUUGAAAUCAGCUAGAAGCCCUCGUCCUACAGGUAAAACUGAGACACAUGAAGGAACACUGGAUGAUUUUACAGUUAUAAACAGACGCAAAAAGGUAGCCAGCAAUGUAGCAUCAGCAGUGAAAAGGCCAUUUCAUUUCAUGGCAAAUUUUCCUUGUCCACCAUCACUCAUUAUUGGGAGAGAUGGGGAUUUGUGGCCGGCGUAUUCCUUAAACACCACUAAGGAUUCUCAAACUCCUCACAAGGCCCAUCCUAUAUGGAAAUGGCAGCUGGGCGGUUCUGCAAUACCUCUUCCACCUAGUCACAAAUUCAGGAAAUUUAAUUCAUAAAAAUGUUUUGGAAGAUAUUUUCUUGAACCAUAUUACCUUCCUUUUGUUGUAAACUGCACAGGAUGGUUUGUACAAGUCCAUUAAUGUGUUACACCCCCUUUGGAGUCCUGGUUUAUCGCAUUUUGAAGACAGAAAUCGGAUUACUUUUUUUCCGUUGCGGGUUUUUUUUUUUUUUUGGAGUAGGGUGGGGGCGGGGUGGGAGAAGGGUUGGUUUACAUUCCACAGACUACUUCAGGCUAAAGACUCAAGUAAAACUCAGUUAUUACGGUAGAGCUGGAACACUUUACUGUUUCGAUGCUAAUAAUGCACCCGGUACCUCAAUUCAACUGCUACAAAUAAAUGUCAAAAGGUUGAAUAAUAAAUAUUACAAUGAGCCAUUAAGUUUAUGCACUAGAUUUCAGAGCUGAAAGUGUAACUGUUAAUUCAGUGAAAGUUUGUUAGGUUACAUGGUUACACAGUGAGGUGAGGUGAGGUAGCAAGAAGUUUCUGUGAGCCCAAAAUGUUAUUUUCUGGAGCUCUUGUUUGUGGGGUAUCUUUUUCUUUUGACUCCCCUUAUUCCCUCUCCAAGAGUAGUUGCACUUAACUUUUGUUUUUUUUUUAGUGGAAAGAUUGGGGUGUGAGUCCUGAUUAAAUGCUAGUAAAAGCUGCCUCAUACAUACUGAGUAAAAUAAAUACGGAAUUGUAUUUUUUUUGUAAAGGGUGUGAUUUUACUUUUAAAGCCACUCCUUUGCAACAGGAAAAGUCUGUUUUGUGUUCUCACCCAAAGGUUUUAAAUAAGGUGACUCUUACUAUUGUCCUGCUUAUCUUGUGGUCUGAACAUGACUAUUCAAACUCCCAAAACAAUUGAAAUAUUUCUUUUUUUUUUUUUUUUUUUGGAGAGAGUCUCGCUGUGUCGCCCAGGCUGGAGUGCAGUGGCACAAUCUUGGCUCACUGCAACCUCCACCUCCUGGGUUCAAACGAUUCUGCUGCCUCAGCCUCCUGAGUAGCUGGGAUUACGGGCGCGUGCCACCAUGUCCGGCUAAUUUUUGUAUUUUUAGUAGAGACGGAGUUUCACCAUGCUGACCAGGCUGGUCCCGAACUCCUGACCUCAGGUGAUCCGCCUGUCUCGGCCUCCCAAAGUGCUGGGAUUAAAGGUGUGAUCCACCAUGCCCGGGCUGAAAUAUUUCUCGUAAUAGCAGAAUAUUUCCUGGCCGAACUCUUGAUAGUGACAAAUCAGUAAAUACAACCAAGAAAAAGAAAAUGAGGGGUCAGAGUUGCAAUACCCCAAAUGAAAAAUAACAGUUUUUUCAGGGCUUUUUGGUACCAGAACUCAGGCACUUGGAUUUUAUGACCUUAUACUUUUUCUGCAUCUCUCUAAAACUUCUGUUUUCAGACCAUCCUGUGUAUAGAGCAGGAGAGUUUCUACUGCAAGUGACAAUCAGAGGUGACUAUCUAUAUUUGCACUUAAAAUCAAAGUAGUUCAACAUGCAAAUGCUAGGGUCUAGCCCUGGGUAAGGGCCAUGCUGGUGUACUGUGUUGUGAUGAUGGAAGCAGUAAAUCAAAAUUAUGGAAAUUUGCACUGUUGAAAAGCAUGCUUUAGCUUUAUUUUCAAUUAAAAACACUGUUUAAAAUUC